AAUUCAUAUUUGUUUCACAAUCUGAAGUUCAUCCGGAACCAAAAUUUUUUUUGUACGGGAUCUGGAAUGCGAUAUGAUUUAAAAGGAACAAAAAUGACUUCACGCAUUAGACCUAUAAAAAUAACAGCCGUGGGUGAUGGAAUGGUUGGAAAAACGUGUUUGCUAAUCACAUACACUACUAAAAAAUUUCCAACUGAAUAUGUACCAACUGUGUUCGAUAAUUAUUCUGACAGUGUCAAUGUUGACGGACAGGAAUUUAAUGUUACGUUGUGGGACACAGCGGGUCAAGAAGACUAUGAACGCUUAAGACCAUUAUCAUAUCCAAAUGUAAGUACAAAAGGUGAUUUAAGAAAUGGUGACCAAAAAGGUGUUAUUUCAUUAAAUGAUUGUAAAAAAAUGAAGAAGAAAAUUCAUGCGUUUAAAUAUGUAGAGUGUUCAGCUAAACUCCAGGAGGGUCUUGAUGAAGUCUUUUCGGAUUCUAUUAAAGCUGUUUUGAAGAAACCAUUGAGAAAAAAAUUUUGUUAUUUAUUAUAA